CGCCCUCGCCAUGGGGCCCGGCCCCGCGUCUCGCCCGGGCCAGGCGCCGCUGGCCGUGGCGCUCUGCGCCGCCCUGUUGAUGCUGCCGCCCGCCCUCGGCGCUGGCGAGCGGCGGCGCCUGGUGUGCUCCACCUGCCGGGGCAUCGUGGACAGGUUCAACCAGGGAUUAGCAGAUACGGCUAAAAAGAACUUUGGUGGUGGAAACACUGCUUGGGAAGAGAAGACGCUGUCAAAGUAUGAGUCCAGCGAAAUUCGUCUUGUAGAGAUCAUAGAGAAUCUGUGCGACAGUAGUAACUUUGAAUGUAACAACAUGGUAGAAGAGCAUGAAGAACAUAUAGAGAAAUGGUGGUUCAAACUAAAGAAGAAGUAUCCUGAUUUGUUUAAGUGGUUUUGCAUAGAAACAAUAGAAGUUUGCUGCCCUGCUGGAACUUAUGGACCAGAUUGCCUUGCUUGUCAUGGUGGAUCGGAAAGACCUUGCCAUGGAAAUGGCCACUGUGAUGGUGACGGUACCCGAGGUGGAGAUGGCUCAUGUAGCUGUAACAAGGAGUAUACAGGAGAUUUUUGUCUAGACUGUUCCAAUGGUUACUUCAGUACCUUGAGAAAUGAGACGCAUUCUAUUUGUACAGCCUGCCACACUGCCUGUAAAACUUGUACUGGUUCAAGUAACAAGGACUGCCAAGACUGUAAAGAAGGCUGGAUUAAAAAUGAAGAAGCAGCUUGUGUGGACUUAGAUGAGUGUGCUGCUUCUCCUUGCAAAGAUCACCAGUAUUGUUUGAACACAGAUGGAUCUUUCUCAUGCAAAGCAUGUGAUGCUAGCUGCAUAGGUUGCACAGGCGAAGGUUCUGACAAGUGUAAGACCUGCGCAUCUGGAUACAUGAAGGAAGAUGAAAAGUGUACAGAUAUAGAUGAGUGUAACCUUCCUGAAAAGGUCUGCGUGAAAGAGAAUCAAGACUGUGUUAAUACUUCAGGUAGUUACAAGUGUGUAUGUUCAGAAGGGUUUGAAGAUAAGGAUGGAACAUGUGUUCAAAUUCUAAAACCAGGCGAGGAAGUAGAGAGUGAAACAACUGAGCCUUCACCUGCUGGACAUGAUGACUUAUGAUCUGCAUUCAGAACCAAAAGACAUUCCUAUCUAAAGUUUUAAAUUAUUGGACUAAGCCUCUGCUAGCUGACAUACUGUGGAAAUGGUAUUAAAUAUGCAGGUUGCCAUUAAGAUUUUUUUUUUUGAAUGGUGAUAAACUAUUUGAAUGGUGAUAAA